AUGAAACCUCUAAUGCUGAUACGAAGAGUUUCUGGUAAUCAUUCUCCAUCUUUCAUUUCUCUUUUAGGUUUUUUCAAAUCUCAAAUUUGUUCUUAUAGUUCCACUUCCACCUAUAACAAUCUUAAUCAAUUGGAGAAAUCGAUUCAAACACGCUGUAGAUCUGGGAGCCUUGAGGUUGAUCAACUUUUAAGUCUCUUUAAUUCCAUGAUUCAAAUGCAACCCAUUCCCUCUGCUACUGCAUUCAAUCAUUUGCUUGCCGCACUCUCCAAAAAGAACCAAUACUCCACUGUUUUUUCUCUCUACAAACACUUGUCAAUGCGUUAUCGUCAUUUUCAACCAGAUGUUCAUACCCUGACCAUUGUUAUCAAAUGUCUAUGUCGUUUGAAGAAGACAGGUUUAGGUUUCUCUGUUUUUGCAAGUGUUUAUAAAUAUGGCCUCCACCCUGAUGGUCAUACCCUAAGUACUCUGCUUCACGGGCUUUGUAUGGAAGGCUCCAUGGUUGAAGCCCUGGAGUUGUUCCACAGAAUUUUAGACAAGGAAUUCCCCUGUGAUGAGUUCGUUUAUGGGAUCAUUAUUAAUGGCCUUUGUAGAGCCGGAGAAACUAGCAAGGCAUUUAAGGUGCUUAAACAAAUUUACCACCAUCCCAAACUCAAUCCCAUUCUUGAAUGUUUCAAUCCUAUCAUUGAUAAUCUUUGUAAAGAAGGGCAUAUAGAUAGGGCCAGGAGCCUAUUUCAGGAAAUGAUUAGUAGUGGUUUAACACCAGAUGCUGUAGCAUAUAAUUCAUUGAUUAAUGGAUUAUGCAAAUUUGGUAAUUGGGUUGAAGCCAAUGGACUCCUAAUAAACAUGACUGAUUCUGGAAUUUUACCAGAUGUAUAUACGUAUAGCACAGUGAUUGAUUCUCUUUGCAAAGAAGAGAAAAUUCAGAAAGCAAUUUCGUUGUAUGAAUCUAUGACUGAAGAAGGUGUAGAACCUAAUGUUGUCAUAUAUAAUUCUCUCAUUUCUGCUCUUUCUAAGAAAGGCAAAACAAGGGAAGCAUUUGCCCUCAUGGAAAAAAUGACUGCUAGAGGUCUAAAGUUUAAUGUCUUUAAUUACAGCUCUUUAUUGUAUGAAUUGUGUCAUUCAGGUGAAUGGGGGGACGCCUUCAUGUUGUUAGCUAAAAUGAAGGAACAAGAUGUUCCACCAGAUCUUGUAACAUUCAAUAUUCUCAUAGAUGCUUUUUGCAGAAAUGGAAAGAUGAAGGAUGCUUUUAACGUGUUUGAUCUAAUGACUCAAUGGGAUGUAAGACCAAAUAUUAUCACUUACAGCUCUUUACUUUGUGGAUUGAAUGCUUACUCCAAAAGAGGUAUGAUGGACAAGGCUCAAAGUAUAUUUGAGGAAAUCAUUCGACACGGGGAAGAACCUGAUACCAUGAUUUAUAAUACAAUGAUUAAAGGAUAUUGUUUGCUAGAAAAAGUAGACAAGGCCAAAGAGAUAUUUCAACAAAUGGUAUCAAAAGGUGUUCGCCCAGAUUUUGAUUCUUAUUGCACUUUGGUCGAAGGCUACAUGAAGAUUGAAAGAACAGAUAUUGCUCUCAAGUUUAGUACAGAAAUGAUUGAGAAAGGCUUGGUGCCUGACCCUCAAGACAAAACAUUGGUACGAAGAUUUUUGGCUACAGACUUUUGUUAUGUAUACAAUACUUCUUCAUUUUCUACUGAUUAUUACAAUUUAAAGUAUUUUAUUCGGCUAAUGAUAUGACAUGUUAGAACUUUUUUGCUUCUAAACUUCCUGAUCACAACUGUGUAUUAUGUUAAACCUAAUCAGUUUCCUAUACUUGAAGGGCAUUUGUCUUUAUGUAUUUAAAUCUUUGAUUAUUUUGCAAUGUACAAUUUGCAAUUUAUAGAUCAAUUGAUUGAUUUCUUUAUAUCAAGUUAUACAACUCAGUCAGUAUACUUGAAGUUUAGUUUGUAUUCUUUUAUAAAAGUGAUUAUGAUAUUAUUUAUGGUGAUUGUGUGGU